CCAUGGCUGAAAACAACAACGACCUCGGUUCUUCGUUCAUCCACAAUUUCUCCUGCAAAAUAUGCUUGAAGAUUUUACAUGACCCUGUUCAAUGUCAAAACAACGAGCAUCAUUUUUGUCGGGGAUGCAUCACGGGGCAUCUGGGAAACUCCGAAACAUGCCCACUUUGUAUGGAGCAACUGACGCUCGAAACGCUGCGACCACCGUCUCGAAUUGUUGCCAGUGUUGUAUCCCAGUUGAAGAAACCACGUUGCAGUCAUGUUUCUCGAGGUUGUGAGGAGAAUGUUCAAGUUGAAGAGUUGUUGUUACACGAACAGACGUGUGGUUAUGCUCCGGUUGUUUGCUCGAACGAAGGCUGCAAAGAGACGGUGAACAGACGCGAUAAAGAAAGCCACGAGACGGAAGAAUGCAAGUUUCGAAAGAUAACUUGCGAAUCGUGUGAUGAAGAGUUGGUGUACGUUGAUUUUGAAAAACACCAGUGUACGUUGAGAAAAGAGAUGAACGAAGUUAAGUCACGUUUGGAUGAAAUGAGCGAUGCACUGAACAAAGUUGUUCUCACUCAAAGUGAAAUGCUGGAAAAGCAGAAAGCCCACGACCAAAGCAUUAAAGACCUACAGAAUCCUCUACGCCACUUCAGCUCUGCGACCAUUCAGCGAGAUAGCGCAGUUAAUAUCAAGGGACAAAUUUUUAUUUUCAGUGGCAAAUCUCUCGAAGUUUUCAACUGGUCAACUAAAGCGUGGACUUUGAUUGAAAACUGUUUGUUUUUCUCGCAUAGCAAAUCGUUUUCGUUUCUUUACGAGAAGAGAAUAAUGCUUUGCAACGGUCGGAUUGAGUUCUUGGAUCCAAGUGAGAAUGGUUUUACCUCCAAUCUUUUUCCAGCUAGUUUACCUUCUGGCGAUCUUAAUGGCGUUCUGUUUAAAAAUCGAAUUAUUACUUUUGGUUUCCACGUACAAGAAACAUCGCUCGAGCGCCCAUGGGAAUCAACUGUACUCAUUCAAGGGCCCGCACAAUAUUAUGGGUCUUAUGGGCACACCGCACACAACAAUCGUAGUAAAUGUGCUCUGGGAUGUUUCGGUAACACUAUCUUUGUCAUUGGGUUUUCAGGAAAUCGAAUAGAGCGAUAUGAUAUAGCCAGUAAUGAGCUGACAACCCUCACUACUUUGCCCUAUACAGUGUAUAACAUGGCGACUGUCGCUUAUAAAGAUAAUAUAAUUAUCCUUGGUGGUUCGAGUCACCAGGAUGAUCAUUAUUGCCGUCCGUUGAAUGAUGUAUUGAUGUACAACAUCCACAGUCUGGAGUGUAAACGUUUACCCUCCAUGCUUGAGAGGAGAAGUGGCUGUGCUGCUGUGAUCCUGGGUGACGUGAUCGUGGUUAUGGGCGGCGAGGCUAAAGGUACGAAUUAUACCACCCAACCUCUUAAAACAGUAGAGUAUUAUGUGAUUGGUGAUACAACUUGGCGAGAACUGCCAGCCAUGAAUCAAGCAAGAGCAAAGGCUACAGCAUGUGUUUAUGAAUAAAAUUCGCUGACAACAAUAUUGUACAUUCAUGAUGUAUAUAGCUGUAAUCUAAAGGCAAGGACAACCUACAGCUCGUUAAAUAUGAAAACAUUCAGCUACAGUAAUCACUCAUGAUACUAUGUAGAUACAAUGCUACAUUAUGUACAACACCGGAUGUAAAUAUAAUACAGCAUACUAGUAUAUGUUUUGGAAAAAAUAGACUAAUGAACAACUAAAUAAAAUAAUAUGAUGACAAACGAUGAUGCACUUAAUAGAUAUAUAAGUAAGUGUUUUUCCAGUUCCAUAAAACACCUGGCCAUUAUAUUCCUUUACAUAGUUUCACAACACAUUUAAUACUCAGACUUCAAUAGCCUUCAAGUACAACAUAUGUUAAACAUUAAUUUCAAUCUAAUGCAAACUACAG